AUGUCGAAUUUAAAAUGCAUUAAUUGCCAGUUGAAUUUGUUGCGCAUGAGACGGCAUGCUCUUGGAGAUGAGAGUGAAGACGUGGUCAACACUAUCCGAUUGUGGACUUAUCCUAGAAAUAUCACUCUUACCGACCAUAUUUGCCAUGCUUGCUGGCAAUUAGUUACGUAUCGGGAUGUUCCUGACAGUAAGCCCAGCAAGCAAAUCGGUCAUCGGCAUGUCUGUGUCGUAUGUGGGCGUUCCAUUGCUAGGAGAAGUCGUCGCAGAGUUUUAAUUGCAGGGGCCAACGAACAGGAGCAAAGACUGGCUCAUAUAGUAUCUGAUUGGAUUCAGCCACGAGAGCUAAGUUCCCAUGAUGAAGCCUGUGUUCCAUGCUGGCUCAAAGCUCGUAGAAGAGCCGGAACUAUAAGACCACAACCUGAUGUGCGUCUUCCUGUCAUACCACCUCAUGGUGUUCUCUAUCAGGACGUAAUGUGUGCUGUAUGUGGACAAAGCCUUACUUCAGUAUUGCCAUAUGUUAAACAGUUGAGGCCAGAAGAUAUUGCUCGGCUGUCAGAGCUACGGCAGAUAUCAGCAGUUCAUGAAGUGUGUGCAGUAUGUUGGGAACAGGCUCAAGAUGUAGUGCCACAGACUCCAAGAUCUCAAGAGCCUGAAACUGAAAGCCCUCAACAAACUGCUACUGGACUUCGAGAUACAGAUAUUCCUCAAGUAACUGAAAGGCGACGUGUUGAACGGCCUCAGUAUAUCACAUUGCCAAAUAUGAGACGAGCAGCUGAUACACCUAGGCACUGUAUUUUUCAUGAAUGUAGAAACAUUGAGCGCCACACAAUUCCUCAAAAAGUAAGGUAUAGGGUUUUGCAACAAUUUCAAUAUUAUAUUCCAAAUAGUGCUCGUAUUUGUACAGAACAUUUGCAAGAGGCAGAUUUUCAAAAUCUUUAUUCAGCCGAAUACAGUAUGAAGACUUUUACUGCAACACACAUUGAAGAUAUAAUUUUUAUUCUGAUGGAGAUUAAAAAAUAA